CAGUAGACAAUGAAGUCAUAUAUACAUUUUUCGUACAGAUUUUCCUGGCAUGUGCUUUGCAUCGACGCGUUGCGCAACAGUCGAACCUGGUAAAACUUGGGACUUAACACCGUUUUGCGGCCGUUCAACUUGUGUCCAAAGUGAAGACAAUCCAGCCAAGCUUCUGGAAUUAGUAGAAGAUUGUGGACCUUUGCCAUUAACUAAUGAAAAAUGUAAAUUGGACACUGACAAAACCAACAAAACUGCUUCUUUCCCAUUUUGCUGCCCCAAAUUCACUUGUGAGCCAGGAGUUACGUUAGAAUACCCCGAAGUUCCAAAGGAUGAACCUAAAAAGGAAUGAUUUCAAAAGAGGUAGAAACUUGAAGCACUAUUUGGGCAACAACAAAUAUGUCAUAUAUGUGUAGCUACUACCUUAAGCACAAGCUCACUUUACUGAUCAUGUUUAAUAUACAACAAAAAAAAAACAAAAAUA